UUUUAAUUUGGUUGUUCUCGAGUUUAUUUUUAAUUUUAAACUUGUGUCAGAGCCCAUUAGUCUCUAUAAACCUAUCAGUACAAUAGCACCUUAGAUUUAAAAUACUUUAUAAACUAAUUCAUUAACCUGAUAAUAUUUUGUGUUAAAAUUUCUUCUCAAGCUAAAUAUUCCUAGUGUAUACACAGAAUGGCAGAUUUGGUGACCAACUAAAAAAUUGCCUAAGAGAGAAUUGAAGUUUUGUUUUUCUUUUGUCACUCCAUAUAAAUGUUUAAACUAUGUUGAAGUUCAGAUUUCUCUGAAGGUGCUGCUAUAAUUCUGAAAUACAUGUAGUAUAAAUAGAAGUCUGCCAUUUUACAUAUAGGCACAGAAGUUAGGGCUGUAUUAAGCCUACAUAUCAGAAGCCUUGGUUCUUAAAAGGGUGGGUGGGAGGUAUUACCUGUGUCAAAAUCAUAGUCACUGUGCUUAACUCAGGACAGACACAGGAGUUUCUUUUACUGCUGAAAGACCUGCUUACCCAUUACAGUGACCUAAUACGUGUGAAGGUAAGCCAAGAAGAUACAAGUAGUUGCUUCCCUUCUCCCGUCAUAUUCAAGAGAAACAAAACAGUCAGUAAAUCAAAUUUGACGACUCCACCCAGCUCAAGUUUCCAUAAGCUCAAGGAAGUUGGCUGGCCAGAAAUCGAAAUACAAAAUAAGUUAUGAGUUGUGGAACCUCAGACGACCUCAAUUAAACCAAAUAAACUUAGUGAGGACUCAGUGAAAGCAGCUAGGAUUUACUGCUGAGAAAGGAUCUUGAGGGACCACUGGGCACCUGUCCUGAGCACAAGGGCUGGAAGAGCAGGCUUUCCUGCAGGAGCUGCUCAGCGCUGGCGUUGGGGGAGGCGGGCAUCAGGUUAGAUUGGUGGCUCUUUUGUCAUCAAAGCCUGAGGUAGAGGCCACCAGAGCUACUGAAAGGAGAAACGUUGAGCUUAUUUACUGGCCAGGCAAUGAAACACAGAGAGAAGACAUUCACUUAAGCAGUUUGCUGAGUAGGAAGAGUAAGGAAUUUUAGGUGUUAGGGAAAGGUGGCUCUGCUCAUUGUAAUUAGGAUCGAAAAUUAGCAUUCCAUGUAGCAUGGAAUCAUUCUGGAAUGUGGAUGUGUACGCAGUUUUCAUAAGCUUGAUCAUUGGUCAAGAAAAGAGCAUUCGGGUAGAUCCAUUGAGAUCUCUACCUCAUCACAAUUUUCAUAUUGCCUGGUCAUCGACUGCCUUCAGCUGACUGGACCCAGUUGUGAUAAACAGUAUACUCAGUGUUGACAUCUCCUACACAAGACGUACUACAAGUAAAAAUUUCUUCUUUUACACUGAUUUUUGGGGAAAAUUUUAUUUAUACUAAUUAUGGAAAUGGGUCAGGGGUACCAGGAGGGAGCAUCUUUUAAGUCACUGGGGGCCUGGGCUCUGUCAUGUCCAUUGCUGAAAGCCCACUGCGUCCUAGAAAUUCUGGCACAGAGUAAUCUAACAAAUCUUUGUUGAGUGGGGAGACAGGAGUUUGGGUGUGUCACACUGUUUCACCACCCUCUCACACUCCUCCUUACACCAGGGCUUCUCUGUUCACUGCAAAUAACUGCUUUCUCCAUCCCAUCCCCUUGUCCUCAUAGGGAAACAAGGAAGGACAUUUCCACGUGGGUCCUAGGGUUAGACCUCUUUCCAUCAAAGCAAAAAGUACUUGUGGACAUGGUUUAUGUCAGUGUGGGUGGUUGUGAGUUAGAAGGUAAUUAAUUGUAUUGAAGGUGCGGGGGAAGUGUUCCAUACUGGCCCUAUUUACACACCCCAAAAUGUCAGGGAUGCUUGUAUAGUUGAUAUGUAGAACAGGUCUCAACGAGUGGGUUUUCUGGAUUGUAAUGGAAUACGUAAGAAGUAGUAGUAGGCUGGAGAGUAGGCCAUGUAAAGGAAGUCCUGGCUGGAUGACACUUGAGGGUUUUGAAGCCUUGGGGAUCUGACUAAGCAGUCUGUUCAGACUCCACUGAGGACUCAGUUGUGACUCACACUUUUCUCUCUGCGGCAGAUCCAGAGCCAGAACUCUACCUCGAUCCUUUCUGCCCUCCGGGUUUCUCUGGUCAGAAAUUCCCCAUGCAACACGUGCUGUGUAAUCACCCCCCCUGGAUCUUCACAUGCUUGUGUGCAGAAGAUCACAUCCAGCCUGGGGAUCCAGGCCCAGUGGACCAGGAGAGGCAGCAACAAACCUCUGCUGGGAGUCCCUGGAGUGAUCGACCAGAAGGUCCCGAGGGAGAAGGUGCCAGGCCCUUAUUUGGAAAAACAAAGAAAAGGACUCUGGGAGCAUUCUCCAGGCCACCCCAGAGGCAGCCAGUCAGCCCUCGGAACGGCCUCAGAGGGGUGGAGUUGGAAGCCAGCCCAGCUCAGAUGGGGAACCCUGAGGAAACAGACAAAUUGUUGAAGAGGAUAGAAGUCUUAGGAUUUGGAACAGUCAACUGUGGAGAGUGUGGACUGAGCUUCAGCAAGAUGACAAACCUGCUCAGUCACCAGCGGAUACACUCAGGGGAGAAGCCCUACGUGUGCGGGGUGUGUGAGAAGGGCUUCAGCCUGAAGAAGAGCCUCGCCAGACACCAGAAGGCACACUCGGGGGAGAAGCCGAUUGUGUGCAGGGAGUGUGGGCGAGGCUUUAACCGGAAGUCGACGCUCAUCAUACACGAGCGGACACACUCUGGCGAGAAGCCUUACAUGUGCAGUGAGUGUGGGCGAGGCUUCAGCCAGAAGUCCAACCUCAUCAUACACCAGAGGACACACUCGGGGGAAAAGCCUUACGUGUGCCGGGAGUGCGGCAAAGGCUUCAGCCAGAAGUCGGCCGUCGUGAGACACCAGAGGACACACUUAGAGGAGAAGACCAUCGUGUGCAGUGAUUGCGGCCUGGGCUUCAGUGACAGGUCAAACCUCAUCUCCCACCAGAGGACGCACUCCGGGGAGAAGCCCUACGCCUGCAAGGAGUGUGGGCGCUGCUUCAGGCAGAGGACCACCCUUGUCAACCACCAGAGGACACACUCCAAAGAGAAGCCCUACGUGUGCGGGGUGUGUGGGCACAGCUUCAGCCAGAAUUCAACCCUCAUCUCUCACAGGCGGACGCACACCGGGGAGAAGCCGUAUGUGUGUGGAGUGUGCGGGCGAGGCUUUAGUCUCAAGUCCCACCUCAACAGACACCAGAACAUACACUCAGGGGAGAAGCCCAUUGUGUGCAAGGACUGUGGCCGGGGCUUCAGCCAGCAGUCCAACCUCAUCAGACACCAGAGGACGCACUCGGGGGAGAAGCCCAUGGUGUGUGGGGAGUGCGGGCGAGGCUUCAGCCAGAAGUCAAACCUUGUUGCACACCAGAGGACGCACUCAGGGGAGAAGCCGUAUGUGUGCCGGGAGUGCGGGCGAGGUUUUAGCCACCAGGCCGGUCUCAUCAGGCACAAGCGGAAGCACUCGCGGGAGAAGCCCUACAUGUGCAGGCAGUGUGGACUGGGCUUUGGCAAUAAGUCGAUUCUAAUCACACACAAGCGAGCUCACUCAGAAGAGAAGCCUUGUGUGUGCAGAGAGUGUGGCCAAGGCUUUAUACAAAAGUCACACCUCACCUUACAUCAAAUGACACAUAAGGGGGAGAAGCCGUAUGUGUGCAAGACGUGUGGGCAGGGCGUCAGCCUCAAGUCCCACCUCAGCAGACACAGAAGACCAAGUCUGUCCACCAUAGACUGCCGCUGCAGCCCGGCCCUGAGCCGCGUGCGGGCCAACCUGCCGACUCCUUAUGCUCUCUCUGAAGGCGAAGACGGCGGCAAGGACUGAGAGUCAGAAUGUUGACACUUGGAUGAAAUGGAGUAGAGAGAUGCAUUCCAUAAGUGGUCAAAGGACAUGUGACUGCCGACUUUCUCCACACUGAGCCUCCUCCAUGUUUUGCGGCCUUCGGUUAUAAUAAACUUGGCUUCUUUUUACAUCUGUAA